UAUCUCUCUAUCAAUUCCUUAAAUUCUCUAAAUAGGAAAUUGCCGUUCUUCGGAUUUUUGGAAUACUAGUCUCUUUUAUUCUAUCUGUUUGCUCGCCCAUCUAGGGUUUGGCGGGUGUUGUUUGCUAAUCGGAUUGAUGGCGAGGAAGAGGAAAUCAGAUGCAACCCAUCUCGACGAUGUCGAUCGGACUCUUUACUCGACCUUCUGCAGCGCGGCCAACUCACUUUCUCAACUAUACACCCAAGCCAUGAAUCACCAAAAGGUCGCUUUCCAGGCUGGCGAGCGGCAGGCUCUGGAAAAGCUCUACCAAUGGAUUAUAAAGCAACAUGAGGAAGAUUCGAGGGUGACGGCUGCUGAUAUAGUUGCACAUAUUGAGAAAGAGAUUGAUUAUGGUGGAGAUGAUGCAGCCAUCUCCCCAAGAUUGCACUUUCAGCACCAAUUCCCUCAGACUACACCACACCUUACAAACUCUAGCAUCCCGACUAGUACUGGAUUCGUGGGGCAGCUUGCUCACGGAGUUCCUCUCCGUACAUCUCAUUCGGAACAGGUCAAGAACUCAGUUUUCUCAAACACAUUUUCCAGUCCAGUUCGCAGAACCCUCCAGCCCUAUCACCUUGCACAGGGAGAAGGGCCAUGUGGCCUUUGGGGCACGAGGAGUAAUGAUGCGAAUUCGUUAAUUGAUGGUCGGGAAUGUGAUUCUCCAAACCGCCCCAAUGAUUCUUCCAUGGAACACUGAGGUUGGGAAUCGGCUUUCGCUCAGUUAAAAUGAGCAAAAUCUCUUUUAUUUCAGAGCCUCCACGGCACAUUAUCAAAUCAGGUUUAUUGGAGUGCUUGAAAUAGGUUUGUGUUCAUGAAAUGCUUGAAAUAGGCUCCUUGUAUUAUGUUUGUGUUCAUGAAAUGCUUGAAAUAGGUUUCCUCUCUGUUUGCUUAUAGGAACCAACACCCGAGGGAGUUGGCUUUAUAUACUAUCUUAUAUUUGGUUUAUUAUUGGUGUUUAUCAA